UGUCAAUUAUUUUCAUGAACUUCAUCUUCUUUCUCAAAAUCUACAUUUUGUACUUUGUAGAGAGAGUUGUGAUUCUGAAAAUUGACGGUGCCCCAGUGCAACAGGGUGUCCAAGGAGGUACUCAGCCUCCAGCCCACUGUCUAGAAUCACUCAGAUAUCAAGAGAAUAUUGUCCUACCAAUUCACCCUCCACUGAUUAUAGACCUCAACGACGACGAGGACGAUGAAGAGGAUGAUGAAGAGGAAGAGAACUAUGUUUCUAAUUGGGUGCCUAGGCCUGCUGCAGAUAUUGAAGAGAAAUAUGCUGUAAAUCUGUGGGGUUUUUAUUGUGAUGGAUUUCGGAUUGUGUUGGCUUUAAAGUACCCCAUAAAUGGAAGUGGCAGAGGUGACUGUUCUGUGGCACAGAGGAACACACUUGUUCAAGAGAAAACAUGCGAGGCACUACCCUGGGAAAAAGAACCAACUGCAUCAAAGUAUUCCAAUGGGAAAGAAACAAACCCGACUGAGCUGGCAAAGAACCAUCACAGUAAAGAGGUCAAGGAAAAGAAACGGAUUUCUGAGGAGCCAAGAAACUCACCUAAUAGAGGAACAGGCAAAGGAAUUCACACUUCAGACCCCAGAGGAAAACCACCUUACCAACCGAGGGAUCAAAGUGAUGGUGAUGAUACUCGUUCUCUGAGAAAAACUGGAAGAAAGAGUUAUUUGAAUCCUUCAGAGCCUCGAAGAUCUGCGUAUGUCAUCUAUCACUCCGUCCCUGUCAACGAAGAGCCAAAGUUCAGUGGCUCUACAGACAAAUAUACUUCUGGUUUGUACAAUGCAGCAACCUGGAAGAAAAGAAAUCCACACGCGAAAACAUUCUCCAGGUUCAAAACAACAAUUCAGAGUCAAGAAGACAUGGAAGUGAAUAGAAAAGGAGAAUGCUACGUGGACAGGAGAAAGAGGUGA